GGGAAAAGAGGGCGGAGACCAAGGCUGCGCACGCGUGGUUGGCCGGCUGUUGCGUUGGGAUGGAUCAGGCGGAAUUCCAGAAGAGAAAAUAAUCCUUGUCUAGACGCAGAGGACUUGGUUCCUAUUCGCAAAUUCCCCGUCCGGUGCUCCUCCGGUAGCAGUCAGGCAACAGAAGGUGUCCAGCUAUCCAUUACCAAGAAGAAAUCUAUUCGUUUGAGCCUGAGGAACUCUUUGAGGUAAAAAAUUAGAAUGAAAGAACCUUUGGAUGGUGAAUGUGGCAAAGCAGUGGUACCACAGCAGGAGCUUCUGGACAAAAUUAAAGAAGAACCAGACAAUGCUCAAGAGUAUGGAUGUGCCCAACAGCCAAAAACUCAAGAAAGUAAAUUGAAAAUUGGUGGUGUGUCUUCAGUUAAUGAGAGACCUAUUGCCCAGCAGUUGAACCCAGGCUUUCAGCUUUCUUUUGCAUCAUCUGGCCCAAGUGUAUUGCUUCCUUCAGUUCCAGCUGUUGCUAUUAAGGUUUUUUGUUCUGGUUGUAAAAAAAUGCUUUAUAAGGGCCAAACUGCAUAUCAUAAGACAGGAUCUACUCAGCUCUUCUGCUCCACACGAUGCAUCACCAGACAUUCUUCACCUGCCUGCCUGCCACCUCCUCCCAAGAAAACCUGCACAAACUGCUCGAAAGACAUUUUAAAUCCUAAGGAUGUGAUCACAACUCGCUUUGAGAAUUCCUAUCCUAGCAAAGAUUUCUGCAGCCAAUCAUGCUUGUCAUCUUAUGAGCUAAAGAAAAAACCUGUUGUUACCAUAUAUACCAAAAGCAUUUCAACUAAGUGCAGUAUGUGUCAGAAGAAUGCUGAUACUCGAUUUGAAGUUAAAUAUCAAAAUGUGGUACAUGGUCUUUGUAGUGAUGCCUGUUUUUCAAAAUUUCACUCUACAAACAACCUCACCAUGAACUGUUGUGAGAACUGUGGGAGCUAUUGCUACAGUAGCUCUGGUCCUUGCCAAUCCCAGAAGGUUUUUAGUUCCACAAGUGUCACGGCAUACAAGCAGAAUUCUGCCCAAAUUCCUCCUUAUGCCCUGGGGAAGUCAUUGAGGCCCUCAGCUGAAAUGAUUGAGACUACAAAUGAUUCAGGAAAAACAGAGCUUUUCUGCUCUAUUAAUUGCUUAUCUGCUUACAGAGUUAAGACUGUUACUUCUUCAGGUGUCCAGGUUUCAUGUCAUAGUUGUAAAACCUCAGCAAUCCCUCAGUAUCACCUAGCCAUGUCAAAUGGAACUAUAUACAGCUUCUGCAGCUCCAGUUGUGUGGUCGCUUUCCAGAAUGUAUUUAGCAAGCCAAAAGGAACAAACUCUUCAGCGGUGCCCCUGUCUCAGGGCCAAGUAGUUGUAAGCCCGCCCUCCUCCAGGUCAGCAGUGUCAACAGGAGGAGGUAACACCUCUGCCGUUUCCCCCAGCUCCAUCCGUGGCUCUGCUGCAGCCAGCCUGCAACCUCUUGCUGAACAAUCCCAGCAAGUUGCUUUAACCCAUACAGUUGUUAAACUCAAGUGUCAGCACUGUAACCAUCUGUUUGCCACAAAACCAGAACUUCUUUUCUACAAGGGUAAAAUGUUUCUGUUUUGUGGCAAGAAUUGCUCUGAUGAAUACAAGAAGAAAAAUAAAGUUGUGGCAAUGUGUGACUACUGUAAACUGCAGAAAAUUAUAAAGGAGACUGUGCGAUUCUCAGGGGUUGAUAAGCCAUUCUGUAGUGAAGUUUGCAAAUUCCUCUCUGCCCGUGACUUUGGAGAACGAUGGGGAAACUACUGUAAGAUGUGCAGCUAUUGUUCACAGACAUCCCCGAAUUUGGUAGAAAAUCGAUUGGAGGGCAAGUUAGAAGAGUUUUGUUGUGAAGAUUGUAUGUCCAAAUUUACAGUUCUGUUUUAUCAGAUGGCCAAGUGUGAUGGUUGUAAACGACAGGGUAAACUAAGCGAGUCCAUAAAGUGGCGAGGCAACAUUAAACAUUUCUGUAACCUAUUUUGUGUCUUGGAGUUUUGUCAUCAGCAAAUUAUGAAUGACUCUCUUCCACAAAAUAAAGUAAAUAUUUCUAAAGCAAAAACUGCUGUGAUGGAGCUCUCUUCUGCAAGGACAGAUACAACACCAGUUAUAACCAGUGUGAUGUCAUUGGCAAAAAUUCCUGCUGCCUUAUCUACAGGGAACACUAACAGUGUUUUAAAAGGUGCAGUUACUAAAGAGGCAGCAAAGAUCAUUCAAGAUGAAAGUACACAGGCAGAUGCUAUGAAAUUUCCAUGUUCCCAAUCUUCCCAGCCUUCCAGGCUUUUAAAGAACAAAGGCAUAUCAUGCAAACCCGUCACACAGACCAAGGCCACUUCUUGCAAACCACAUACACAGCACAAAGAAUGUCAGACAGGAUUGAUGAACUAUCUGCAGACAUUGAAGACCAGCUGAUUCAAAAGGUCAGAGAGUCAAAGUGGUUUGCCCUUCAGAUAGAUGAGUCAUCAGAAAUCUCAAAUAUCACACUUCUUUUGUGCUAUAUUCGUUUCAUUGAUUAUGAUUGUCGUGAUGUAAAAGAAGAAUUAUUAUUUUGCAUUGAAAUGCCUACUCAAAUAACUGGUUUUGAAAUAUUUGAACUAAUAAAUAGAUAUAUUGAUAGUAAAUCUCUGAAUUGGAAACAUUGUGUUGGUCUCUGUACCGAUGGGGCUGCAAGCAUGACUGGCAGGUAUUCUGGUUUAAAAGCAAAAAUUCAAGAAGUUGCCAUGAAUACAGCGGCAUUUACACAUUGUUUUAUUCACCGUGAACGUUUAGUGACAGAAAAGUUGUCUCCAUGUUUACAUAAAAUUCUUUUGCAGUCAGCACAAAUUUUAAGUUUUAUAAAGAGCAAUGCAUUAAAUUCACGUAUGUUAACAAUUUUGUGUGAAGAGGUGGGAUCUGAGCAUGUGAGUUUACCACUUCAUGCUGAAGUACGUUGGAUAUCAAGAGGGAGAAUGUUAAAAAGAUUAUUUGAAUUACGACAUGAGAUUGAAAUAUUUUUAAGUCAAAAGCAUUCAGAUUUGGCCAAGUAUUUUCAUGAUGAGGAAUGGGUUGCAAAGCUGGCCUACUUAUCAGAUAUAUUUUCACUUAUAAAUGAAUUAAAUUUAAGUCUCCAAGGAACUUUGACUACUUUCUUCAAUUUGUGUAAUAAAAUUGAUGUAUUUAAGAGAAAGUUAAAAAUGUGGUUGAAGCGCACACAAGAGAAUGAUUAUGACAUGUUCCCUUCAUUUUCUGAAUUCUCAAAUUCAUCAGGCUUAAAUAUGACAGAGAUCACAAGGAUUAUUUUUGAGCACCUGGAAGGACUUUCUCAAGUGUUCAGUGACUGUUUUCCACCAGAACAAGACUUGCGUUCAGGAAAUUUGUGGAUAAUUCACCCUUUUAUGAAUCACCAAAAUAAUAAUCUCACCGACUUCGAAGAAGAAAAGCUAACACAGCUAUCUUCAGAUUUAGGAUUACAAUCACUAUUUAAAUCAGUGUCUGUAACUCAGUUUUGGAUAAAUGCAAAGACAAGUUACCCAGAACUCCAUGAAAGGGCAAUGAAAUUUUUAUUACCCUUUUCAACCGUUUAUUUAUGUGAUGCUACCUUUUCAGCUUUGACUGAGUCAAAACAAAAAAAUCUGUUGGUUUCUGGCCCUGCCCUAAGACUUGCAGUCACAUCUUUAAUUCCAAGGAUAGAAAAAUUAGUGAAGGAGAAAGAGUAGCAAUAUGCACAUUGCUUAACAGUGAAGUCAAUAAUCUUGUGUUAAGUUUUGUGUAAGUAUCCUAAAAGAUAAUUUCCUAAUGUGGAUUUGUGUUUUCAGUGAUUAAAUGUUUUAAUAAUUUUUCCCUUUUUGUUGAGGAAUUUAAUAAUUAUGAUUUUAUAAAUAAUUAUGUAUAAUUAUAAUCCAGGGUAGAAAAUUUAGUUAUUUCAUUAAAUUUGGAUUAGUGACAAAGACUCAGGUAAUGAGAAGCCCAGUUUGUAAUGUAACAGCACAACCUGGAUGUUGAAACAGCUUGGCCUUUAGAAGCAAGUGGAACAUUUCAGUCUUCCAGCCAACCAGCUACUUACCCCUGCAAGGUUGUGAGUAGGUGGAAAAGAUAGAUUUUUUUUUUGAGAUGGAGUUUUGCUCUUGUUGCCCAGGCUGGAGUGCAAUGGCAUGAUCUCGGCUCACUGGAACCUCUGCCUCCUGGGUUCAAACAAUUCUCCUGUCUCAGCCUUCUAAGUAGCUGGGGUUACAGGCAUGUGCCACCAUGCCUAUUAUAUUUUUUUAGUAGAGACGGGGUUUCACCAUGUUGGUCAGGCUGUCUCAAACUCCUGACCUCAAGUGAUCCACCUGCCUCGGCCUCCCAAAGUGCUGAGAUUACAAGUGUGAGCCACCGUGCCCAGCUGGAAAAAGAUAGGUCUAAGCAGCUUGGGUAACUAUAAAUGGAAGCAGCAGGGGGGUUUGAGACCCCUGCUUGGGGCCUUUCUGGCCCAAUAUACCAGGCUUAGCAAACUUUUAAAAUAAAGAGCCAGAUAGUAAAUAUUUUCAGCUUUGCAGGCCAUACUGUCACAACUACUCAAUUCUGCAGUUGCAAUGCAAAAGCAGCCAUAGACAGUAUGCAGAUGAGUGUGGCUGUGUUUAAAUAAAACUUAUUCGUGAACACUGAAA